AUGAAGCCUUCAGGAAAACAUCAUCCCGAAACAGUUAAAUGGACUGACUUUGUUGUUCCUAGGUUGCCAAUACCCAAACUAGAGGACACUAUUAGAAGAUAUUUAGCUGCUCAGAGACCUCUUCUGGAUGACGACCAGUUCAGAAACACAGAGAAAAUUGCAGAAGAUUUCAAGAUUGGAGUGGGAAAACAAUUGCAUAAAGAACUGGUCGCUCAGGACAAAAAUAAUAAACACACAAGCUACAUCUCAGCACUUUCGUUUGACAUGUACCUCUCUGCACGGGAACCUGUCGUCCCCAACUAUAACCCCUUCCAGUCCUUCAAUCCCGACCCCAAACUAGAAUACAACAACCAGCUCAUCCGUGCCACCAACAUGGUUUGCUCCGCUGUUCGCUUCAUGAAAACACUAAGAGCAGGAGUACUAGAACCUGACGUACUCCACCUGAAUCCUGCUAAAAGUGACACAGACCAGUUCAAAAAGUUCAUCCGCUGGGUUCCCUCUUCGCUGUCAUGGUACGGGGCCUACUUGGUCAACGCAUAUCCUUUAGACAUGUCCCAGUAUUUCCGGCUUUUCAACUCUACCAGAUUGCCAAAACAAGGAAGAGACGAACUGUUUACGGACGAGAAGGGGAGACAUCUUUUAGUGAUGCGGAAAGGCAACUUGUACACAUUUGAUAUUGUCAAUCGCGAUGGAAAUAUGGUGAAACCGGCAGAGAUUCACUCCCAUUUGAAGUACAUUUUGUCAGAUGAAAAC